AUGGAUCUGGUGCUGAGAAAAUGCUUUCUGCAUGUAUCUGUGAUGGGUGCUCUUCUGGCUCUGGGGGCUGCAGAAGGAUCCAGAGACCAUGGCUGGCUUGGUGUCUCGAGGCAGCUCAGAACUAGAACCUGGAACAGGCAGCUGUACCCUGAGUGGACAGAAAACCAGGGACCUGACUGCUGGAGAGGAGGCCAGGUGUCCCUGCAGGUCAGGAAUGACGGGCCUACGCUGGUCGGAGCAACCACCUCCUUCUCCAUUGUCCUGAGCUUCCCUGAAAGCCAAAGGGUGCUGCCCGAUGGGCAGGUCAUUUGGGCCAGCGACACCAUUGUCAAUGGGAGUCAGGUGUGGGGAGGACAGCCGGUGUAUCCCCAGGAAGCCAAUGACACCUGCCUCUUCCCUGAUGGGGAAGCCUGCCCCUCUGGCCCUUGGUCUCAGAGAAGACGCUUUGUUUAUGUCUGGAAGACUUGGGGCCAAUACUGGCAAGUUCUGGGCGGCCCAGUGUCCGGGCUAAGCAUUGGGACGGGCACAGCCCAGCUGGGCUCACACAGCAUGGAAGUGACUGUCUACCACCACCGGGGGCCCCAGAGCUACGUGCCCCUGGCCCACACCCGCUCGGUCUUCACCGUCACUGACCAGGUGCCCUUCUCCGUGAACGUUUCCCAGCUGCAAGCCUUGAGCGCAGGGACCAAGCGCUUCCUGAGGAACCAGCCUGUGACCUUUGCCCUCCAGCUGCAUGAUCCGAGCGGCUAUUUGGCUGGUGCUGACAUCUCCUUCACCUGGGACUUUGGAGACAGGACCGGGACCCUGAUCUCUCGGGCACUCACGGUCACUCACACCUACCUAGAGUCUGGCCCCGCCACGGCCCAGGUGGUCCUGCAGGCUGCCAUUCCUCUCACGUCCUGCGGCUCCUCUCCUGUCCCAGGCACCACCGACGGCCGUGUGUCAACCGCAGAGGCCCCUGGCACCAGCGCUGGGCAGGAGUCUACUGCUGAAGUUGCAGGUACUACACCUGGUCAAGUCUCAACUGCAGAACCCUCUGGAACCACAGCUUCACAGGUUCCAGCCACAGAGGUCCCAGGCACUGCCUCUGUUCGGGUGCCCACUACAGAGGGCAGAGGCACUACGCCUGCGCAGAUGCCAACCUCAGAGGGCACAGGGACCACCCGCGCAGAGAUGCCAACUGCAGAGCCCAUAGGCACAACACCUGAAGUGCCAACGGCAGAGCCUCCUGGGACUGCAGUUGCGCAGGUAACAUCUACGGAGCUGGGGGAGACCACAGCUGGUGAGACACGCACCCCCGAAACGGAGGGUCCGGAUGUCAGCCCACCCAUGCCCACCGAGGGGGUGACAGGCUCCCAGAGCGCCCUGCUGGGUGAUGCUUUAGUUCUGGUGAAGAGACAAGUCCCGCUGGACUGUGUUCUGUAUCGCUAUGGCUCCUUUUCCCUCGCCCUGGACAUCGUCCAGGGCAUCGAGAACGCUGAGGUCCUGCAGGCCGUGCCUUCCGGCGAAGGGGAUGCGUUUGAGCUGACUGUGUCCUGCCAAGGCGGGUUGCCCAAGGAAGCCUGCAUGGAUAUCUCAGCCCCAGGAUGCCAGCCCCCUGCUCAGCGGCUCUGUCAGUCCGUGCCCCCCAGUCCAGCCUGCCAGCUGGUCUUGCACCAGGAACUGAAGGGCGGCUCAGGGGUCUACUGCCUCAAUGUGUCUCUGGCUGAUGCCAACAGUCUGGCGAUGGUCAGCACCCAGCUUGUGGUGCCUGGUAGCCACCGACUGAUACCUGGGGCUCUGCUCACAGGGCAGGAAGCAGGCACGACGCAGGGCCCUCUGCUCACAGGCAUCUUGCUGGUGUUGGCGGCGCUGGGGCUGGCGGCGCUGAUCUACAGGCGCAGGCUUACGAGGCGGAGCUCAGCUGCCCCCCUUCCCCGGCUGCCACCCUGCAGCCCCCACUGGCUGCGUCUGCUGCAGACCUUCCAUUCUCGCCCCACCGGGGAGAGCAGCCCGCUCCUCAGUGCGCAGCAGGCCUGACCACUCCCCCGAGAGGCUGCGAUUUCACCGGGGUUCACCGCCUGACCUGCGGA